UCUUCCAAACAAGCCAGCUCUUGGCAUAUCCGGCCUUCCUUCCCCUCAGUGUUAUGCAAUUGUGAGAAGAGACGGGCAGGAGCUGACAAGUCUUAUUGAGUGAAGAUUAGCAAAGAAACAGGAACAAAAGAAACCGUUUGGUUUCGAGUCAGAGCACAGACUGUUCAGAGAAACUCUCACACACUAGGACAAAUGGCGCAGAAAGGAGUUCAGCUGGACCGGGAGACAUUCUCUUGUUCUUUCUGUCUGGAUUUACUGAAGGAUCCGGUGGCUAUUCCCUGUGGACACAGCUACUGCAUGAACUGUAUUAGCAUUUUCUGGGAUCAGGAGGAUGAGAAGAAAAUCUACAGCUGCCCUCAGUGCAAACAGAGCUUCACUCCGAGGCCUGUCCUGCUGAAAAACACCAUGUUAGCAGCUGUAGUGGAGGAGCUAAAGAAGACUGAACUCCCUGAUGAUCACUGCUUUGCUGGACCUGAAGAUGUGGCCUGUGAUUUCUGCAAAGGGAGAAAACUGAAAGCCCUCAAGUCCUGUAAGCAAUGCCUGGUCUCUUACUGUGAGAAACACCUUCAGCCUCAUUUUGACGCAGCUCUAUUAAAGAAACACGAGCUGGUGGACCCUGCCAAGAAGCUCCGGGAGGGGGCCAACGUCUGCUCUCGUCAUAAUGAGGGGAUACAGAUGUUCUGCCGUACGGAUCGGAAGUUCAUCUGUUAUCUCUGCCCCCUGGAUGAACACAAAGGCCACGACACCGUCUCGGCAGCAGCAGAGAGGGCUGAGAAGCAGGGAGAGCUCGACGGGAGGCGACAAAAGAUCCAGCAGAGAAUCCAGGACAGAGAGAAAGAGGUGAAGCUGCUUCAACAGGAGGCGGAGGCCAUCGAUCGCUCCGCUGAUAAAGCAGUGGAGGACAGCGAGAAGAUCUUCAACGAGCUGAUCCGUGUGCUGGAGAAAAAAAGCUCUGAUGUGAAGCAGACGAUCAGAUCGGAGCAGAAAAUCAAAGCGAGUCAAGUCAAAGAGCUUCAGGAGAAGCUGGAGCAGGAGAUCACUGAGCUGAAGAGGAAAGACGGCGAGCUGAUGAAGCUCUCACUCACAGAGGAUCACAACCAGUUUCUGCACGAGUACCCCUCACUGUCACCAGUCAGUGCACCCACGAUCUUACCCGGCACCAAAAUGCAUACUCUGUGGUUCUUUGAGGAUGUGACAGCAGCUGUGUCAGAGGUCGGAGCUAAACUACAGAAAGUUCUGGGUGAGACAUGGACAAACGUAAACACCAGAGCUGUGUUCCUAAAAUAUUCACGUGAAAUCAAACUGGAUCCAAACACAGCACACCACCAGCUGUCAUUAUCUAAGGGGAACAGAAAAGCAAGAUUUACGACAGGACAGUUUUGUGAUUCUCGCUCAGCCAGAUUCACUUCAUGUCCUCAGGUCCUGAGUAACCAGAGUCUGACUGGACGUUGUUACUGGGAGGUGGAGUUGAGAGGGAGAGAAGUUUGUGUCGCCGUCGCAUACGACGGCAUCAGCAGAAAAGGCAGCAGUGCAGAAUGUACAUUUGGAGCGAAAGACGGAUCUUGGGCGCUAUCAUUAUACGGCGGUUAUUCCGACGACUGGGCUUACUUUCGGUACAACAAUGUCCAAACUCCCGUCUCAGGUCCUCGGUCCUCCAGAAUAGGAGUGUACCUGGAUCACAGCGCAGGUACUCUGUCCUUCUACAGCGUCUCUGAAACCAUGACGCUCCUCCACAGAGUCCAGGCCUCAUUCACUGACCCUCUCUAUGCUGGAUUUCGGCUUUCACAUUAUGAAGACACUGCGGAGUUCAUUUGCCUCGAGUAGACAGAAGUCAUGUAAGGGUUAAAAUCUGUUUCGGUUUCACUCAAACUUAUUUUGUCUCAAUUUGUUGUUGCUGUGAGCUGAUUUUUGCGGCAUUUCUUUACAGAUCAGCCGUCAAUCAAACAUUAGGAUUAGUACUUUGACGUCUUGUCAUUAGUAAAUAUAUAUUUAAUAGUAAAUAUUGUUGAGUUCCUUUGGGUGGCGCUCCUUCCUGCAUCUGUUUAGCCAUGAAGGCCAUCACUGCCCAUGAUGAUAAGCCAUGGUUAUAAUGGUUUUUAAUUAGGUUUUAUUUUAGUUCUGACUUUUUCAACUGUAUUUUAGUAUAGUAUUAUAGUUUUGUAUGAAAGCCCAUUUCUGCCAAUGUGAUGGGAAAAUACUGAUCAUUUUAAGAAAGUAUCAUGAUUUAUAGUUUCUUUUUUUCACAUUGGCAGAAAUGGGCUUCCCUAGUUAUCAGAGUGCAUUUGUAUACAUGUAUACUAUAUACAGUAUAUAGCAUAUCAUUACUUUUAAAGUUUUAGUUUAUUUUUGUUAAGGCAAGUUAUAAUGUGUUAGAUGGACAUACAUACAUACAUACAAAACACAAUGUUGGAGAACUGUAUGUAAAUGGUCAUGAUGUUUAAUGUUUAAUUAUCAUCAGUAGUGAAAUAUUAUAGCUAAAAUAAACAGAUGUUCUUUUUUUUUUUUUUUUAACAGGCAAUAUCAUUUGAGUUUAGGUUCAGCUUUUAUUUAGGUUUAUUUACUCACAACAUUUUAACUGCUUAUUUUAGCUUCAGUUUACUAUAAUAACCUCAAUCUGAACUGACAUUUCUCUGCAUGAAAAUGUAAACUUCUCUUCUCUGUGCUCUUAAUGUUUGAUGAAUAUCUGAAUUGAUUCAUUUGCAUGUUUUUGUUUCUCAUCCACUGCGCGGGUCUGAAGAGAGAAAAAACCAGACGGCCUCUAUCGUAAAUAUUUUGUUCUCACCACUUGGUCAAUUUGUAAAGAAAUCUCUGAUUGCAGUUGUUUGGCUGACCUGUGAGCUGUUAUAAAACUGUUCACUGUUCAUUAUUCUCUUCUACAUAGCUCGGAUUAAAGACAACAACUCCCAUGAUCCUACGCUACUACGCAACCUCACCAAACACCGUCUUUAGUUAUGGUUUUGAUGGAGAGAAAAUGACAUAUAGUGCGUUUAACAGAUGUUACUGAUGUGUGACGUAUGAACAAACUGAAGGUUAACAUGAUGAAUAAACAAACAUGAACUCAG